AUGAGCCCUGUCAUGUUGCUACGCUUUGUCUGCAUUUCGCAGAAUGACUUCAUUCGAGAAAGACACAAUGAUUUGCGGCUGAAGCAUAACGCCGAUUCGUUGCGCUGGAGCACAGAGCUGGAAAAGGCUGCAAGCGCUGAAGCCAAACUGAUAAAGGAGAUCUCCAAUUGUACUGUCAUGCUGAACCAAAUAAACACAAAUUAUUUUAGCAUUUCGCCCAACAGCAAAAUUGAAUCAGCCGUCGAUACAUGGUAUGAAGGCAUUAAGAACUAUGACUUUGAAUUAGGGCCCAUCCGCCGAGGGGACGACACUGUUUUUCAAUUCACCAGGGUUGUAUGGAACAGCGCCGAGAAGAUCGGGUGCUCCAGUGCCUGCUGUCGUAACAGGGGGGUUUUAAUUUGUAAAUAUGACAGUCAAACGAAUCAGCCAGAUAUAACCAUGGGUUGCAUUCAGAACGUUCAUCCGAAGAAGUACGGCCAGGGAUCCAGGCAAUGCCGCGUGUGCUCGAACAGACAUGCCAUAAUAAGAAAGUACAACAUCAACAUAUGCAGACAGUGCUUCCGAGAAAGGGCCGACAUUAUUGGAUUUAAGAAGUAUAGGUAA